GGCCUGUCCCUCCGGGCUGCUCGAGCCCCACUGCUGCUGUCCCCAACCCGCCCCGCUAGCAGGGCCAAAGGGCGGCGUGACUCACGGCGCUGCCACCAGCCCACGGCUUGCCCGAGGCGUAUAAAGGCUGCCGGGGUGAGAGGCGGCAGAGCCUUGCCGGACCCGGUCCGAGGCGCUCAGGGCAUGGCUAGAGGCGCGGAGCGAGGCCGCGGGGGCGCGGGCUGGGGGCUGCGCGGCGCCCUGGCCGCGGUGGCGCUGCUCUCGGCGCUCAAUGCUGCAGGCACGGUGUUCGCGCUGUGCCAGUGGCGCGGGCUGAGCGCUGCGCUCCGGGCGCUGGAGGCGCAGCGGGGCCGGGAGCAGCGCGAGGACAGCGCCCUGCGCGCCUUCCUGGCGGAGCUGAGUCGCGCCCCUCGCCGGGGGCCCGCGCCACCCCCAGACCCCGCGAGCGCCGCGCGCAACAAGCGCAGCCACGGCGGGGAGCCUGCGCAGCACAUCCGUGCUGAGAGCCACGACAUGCUGAUGAUGAUGACCUACUCCAUGGUGCCGAUCCGAGUGAUGGUGGACCUAUGCAACAGUACCAGGGGUAUCUGCCUCACAGGACCACCUGGCCCAGCAGGGCCUCCCGGAGUCAGUGGAUUACCAGGACACAACGGAUCAGAUGGACAGCCUGGUCCCCAGGGCCCAAAAGGCGAAAAAGGAGCCAAUGGAAAAAGAGGAAAAAUGGGGCCACCUGGAGCCACAGGAACUCCAGGGGAAAAGGGAGACCCUGGUGAGCUGGGCUUGCCUGGAAAUGAGGGCCCAGCAGGGCAGAAGGGUGACAAGGGAGACAAAGGGGACGUGUCCAAUGAUGUGCUCCCCGCAGGUGCCAAAGGUGACCAAGGACCACCUGGCCCACCUGGCCCACCUGGCCCACCUGGGCCCCCAGGCCCUCCGGGUCCUCCGGGUCCCCCUGGAAGCAGAAGAAAAGGCCCUCGGCAGCCUAACAUGUUCAACGGCCAGUGCCCAGGUGAGACAUGUGCUGUACCAAAUGAUGAUACCUUGGUUGGAAAAACUGAUGAGAAAGUCAGUGAACACCAUUCCCCAGAAGCAGAAUCCAUGAUCACAUCAAUUGGAAAUCCAAUACAAGUGUUGAAAGUUAAAGAGACGUUUGGGACUUGGAUAAGAGAGUCUGCUAACAAGAGUGAUGAACGCAUCUGGGUGACUGAACAUUUCUCAGGCAUCAGGGUGAAGGAAUUUGAAGACCAGCCCUCGCUGCGGAACGGCAGUUACACGCUCAUCCACCUCCCGUACUAUUUCCACGGCUGUGGUCACACUGUUCACAACAACUCUCUCUACUACCACAAGGGAGGCUCCAACACCAUCGUGAGGUUUGAAUUUGGCAAAGAAACAUCCCAAACUCUGAAGCUUGAAAAUGCCUUGUAUUUUGAUCGAAAAUACCUCUUUGCAAAUUCCAAGACAUACUUCAAUUUAGCUGUAGAUGAAAAGGGCCUUUGGAUUAUCUAUGCUUCCAGCGCGGACGGCUCAAGCAUCCUUGUCGCACAGCUGGAGGAGAGGACCUUCUCCGUGGUGCAGCACAUCAACACCACGUACCCCAAGUCCAAGGCCGGCAACGCCUUCAUUGCCCGAGGGAUCCUCUAUGUCACUGACACCAAGGAUACGAGGAUAACGUUUGCCUUUGAUCUGUUAGGAGGGAAGCAGAUCAAUGCAAACUUUGCUCUGAGAACUUCCCAGUCUGUUCUUGCCAUGUUAUCAUACAAUAUGAGAGACCAGCAUUUGUAUUCUUGGGAAGAUGGCCAUUUAAUGCUUUAUCCCGUACAGUUUCUGUCAGCUGCAUUACACCAGUGACAGGAAGCAUUCUGUUCCCCUCAGUAAAUUUCAGCUGUUCUCUGGUA